GGGCAGCAGGCCAAAACAAACAACACUUCAUUACAAAGAACACGGCCAAGCUCGACCGCGAAACCGAAGAGCUGCACCAUGACAGAGUUCCCUUGGAGGUGGGCAAAGUGAUCCAGCAGGGCCGGCAGAGCAAGGGCAUGACACAGAAGGACUUGGCCACG